UAUAUUCAAUUUAGAUCAGUUUGUGUUUUUAUUUUUAAAUUAUAAAAAAAUAUUUCCAUUGUUUUAUUUAUUAAUAGGUGGAAAACUUGUUUUACAGUUUUGGCAGUAAAAUAAGAAUUUACAAUUUAAUGGGAAAAUUCAUUUUUGCAAUUUUUUGGCUGAAAAUUUUAUUUUUAUGGUUUUGGGGAGAAAACUUGAAUUUAUAGUAUUAAUGGGAAAAUAUGUUUUUGCAUUUUAGGCUAAAAAUAUGAUUUUACAGUUUUGGCUGGAAAACAUUAAUUUUCGAGAAAACUUACCUUUGCAAUUUUAGAAGUAACAUUCGUUUUGUGGUUUUGGCGUAAAAAUUUAAAUUGAUGGUUUUGGCGAAAAAAAUAUUUUGUAAUUUUGGUAGAAAAACUCGUUACUAAACAAAUGUUGCGAAAGCAGUUUGAUCCCUUGAACAAUCAAUACACCAACCACCAUGAACAACCAAUUUGAAGCUCUUAAUGCACCUCAAAUCGAUUUACACUCAUUUUUUUCCAAUUCUUAUGAACUAAAAACAAUAUCUCUUUCACUUUCUCUCCAUAUUCAUCCAAAAAAACCCAAGAUUUUGAUUCUAAAUUUUUUAUGGUUCAUAGAGCCGUUGAAGCUUACGAUUCUUGGUGAGUCACUUUUGUUUGAGAUUCUGGGUGCUUGGAUAAGACUUUUUUGUGCUAAACAAGUUAUUUCACUGGUUGAAACUAUGAAAUUAGUUUUUUUUCCAGAUCUGUUCGUCCAGACGACUUCCGGGUAAGUCGAAGUCGUCUUGACAAACAUAUCUGAAAAAAAAAACUAAUUUCAUAGUUUCAACCAGUGAGAUAACUUGUUUAGGACAAAAAGGUCUUAUCCAAGACGACUUACCCGGAAGUCGUCUGGUCAAUGCAUAAGUUAGUUUUGCAAUUGACUUUUAAAUGUGUUUUUCUAGAUGACUUACAUGGAAGUCGUCCAUCUUUGUUUGUUAAAAAAAAUUCAAGACGACUUAAGAUAAACGGGUUAGUUUUGCAUUUGACCGGAUUGUGUCAGAAAUUUGACAUAGAUGCAGCGAUUUGUUCUGGAGUGCCGAAAUCGUCCAUUGUGGUGGUAUUCGGCUUUUGUUGACGGUUUUCUCUUUCUAACCUUGCAAGUUCCUGAUUUAUAAGCGAAAUCAAUUCCCUUUGUAUAUUGCUCCGAGUAUGUCUACUGGUCAUGCACCUGGGUCAUUAACUGCAAAAAGGAUUAAACAAGUUAGAAGUUUUAGACUAAAUAAAUAACCGAAAAAUAAAGGUAAAAAGCUGGUCUCCGUCGCAACGGCGCCAAAACUUGAUACACUAAAAUUAGAUCUUUGUUUACUGUCAAGUUAACAGUGUAGUUGUAAUAUCUUUAGAUUCAAUUCCAGAGGACCAGUUUACACUUUAUCUUUAUGGGAUCAGAAUUAAGCUAAAACGAAGUGAGAUUUUUAAAGAAGUAAAUAGCGUAAAGAACAAGUAACAAGAUGAGGUUGUUUUGAAUUGAUUUAAAGGCGCUAGUCUAGGAUUUCUUCUUCAGGUAUGCAAAUCGCAUGCCAAACAAUUAUUCAAGUCCAAUUUAUAAAAAGUCCAAACUCGGAUCACUCAGGUCGAAUCAACCCACUCGCGUGGUAUUGAUUCCUUUUCAAAUCGGUCUUGAUGCCUAAACUCUCGUUUGGAUCAAGAUGCGAUAUUAAGCUUUAGAGAUCAAGUCUGAUAUGUUCACAGUACACCCUAAUAUCUACUCUAGCUGACUAGGGAUGCAAAGCUCAUUCAAAUCAUAUCAAGUUAUCAAUUAACGGUUAGCUAUAUUGAUUAACCCUAAUUCAUGUACUAAGUGAUCCGUUUAAUGCAAGCAAUAAGAACAGAUGUGAAUGUAGACAAUCUUAAGAUGACGUAUUUAUGCUUCAGCUUACAAAUCUAAAACCCUAGAACCCUAAACUAACUCGGUGACUACUCAAUCAUAACACAAGAACAGAAAAACAUGAUUUCUGAAUAAUACUGCAUAUAAUAGAUAAUAGAAAUCAGAGGGUUCAGGAUAAUCUUCUCUAGGAGAUAGAUGAAGUUGUCUCCCUUACAAGUAGCAAAUCGUCGAAACACAAGCUCUCUUAGGUCUUUCUUGCGUGAAAACUAAGGUUGGUUUCUAAAGUAAAUAAAAGAAGACUAUAUAUAGGGCACAUACGGCUUUGAGGGAAAAAUAGGAAAACUAUGACAAAUCCCGAAAUAUUUGGAAACUUCCUUUUAAAUUUCUGCUGUUGGAGCAGGCACUCAGGCUGCUUCACUCGACUGUUCUGCGCAAAAGACUCCAAAUCACACUCUUUCCUUCGGUUUUUCCUCUAGCUGGUCUAUCUCUCAUCCAAUGCAACUCUAGACCUGUAAUGACCCACAAGAAUUAAAAUGACUCGAUAAAACUUUGAAAACUAUUAGUAAGACAUACAUAUAAUGUGCCAAAAACAUAAUAUAUCACUAUUAUUAGUAGAUAUAGUAUUCUAAUAAAAAUAUAAUAAAAACUGUAAAAAUAUUGUAUACACACUAUAUAAGAAAAUUACUAGAUAUUGACCCGCGCUUAAGAAGUGCGGGUUUGAGGUUUUUAAUCUUUAAUAAAUUUUAAAUCUAGUAUAAUUUUUUUUUGUUUCACACUAUAACUAUUGAUUUUUAAUGUUUUUAUUAUUCAUUAUUUUUUAUAGUGUGAGAUUUGUUUGAAAUAGAUUUAAAGAUGAUAUGUAUGUUUUUAGUAGUAAAGAUAUUCAUUAUUAAAAAAAUAUUUUAAUGAUUGAACUGUAUUAACCAAUGUUUUGAAAAUCUGAUCGGACCGUAUGAUCGAACCAGUCGGAUCCUGACUCGCUCUUCUAACUGGUUCUGAGUUGUGCUAAAAACCGAAUUUGAGUUAAAUCGGACCUUGUUUAAUAUUAAAACCCAGUUUUCACAAAUUCAAAUUAAAAAAUAAAAAAAAUUACAAAUUUUAAUAAGAUUUCAUCAAAAUUUAAUAUUGUUUUCUACUACAUAUAUAAAUAAAUUAGUUUUGAUUUUGAAUUUUUCAUUUAUUUUUCAUAUCAGUUUUAUAAUAUAACAUUGAUAUAAACUUAUAUCAAAAUUAAUUUAUAGUUAUACUUACAUAUAUAUAGUUACUUAAUUUAAAAUUAAAUUAAAAUUAAGCGGUUAAACCGAUUAAACCGGUCCGACCAUUGACCCAGGUGCAAUGUUGAAUCAGUGUCUUGUUCGGUUUUCAAAACAUUGUCAUUAACACACAAGCUAUCAAUUUUAAAUUAAAAAUGAAUUUUCCUCGCAUAUAUUUAUAUCAUAGUUACAACUAUCAAUUUACAUUAUUAUAAAACCAAUUAUUUUUAGUAUUGAUAUAGUUUUCAAUUUCAGAUAUUAAAUUUGUGAUAACAUUUCAUAAAAAGAGUCAAGAAAUACAUGAAUAACAUAUCACUUAAAAAGUGCAAUGAAUAUUGUUAAGUUUGUAAUACAAAGGUAUGCAUCAUAUGUUCGAUAAUCUAUAUGUAGGGUCCAAAAAUAUGUACAUUAAUAUUAAUCCGUUUGUUAUGACUAUUUCCUUAAGUUAUUUUCUGUAUUAAGAAAAUAAUAAUAAAAUCUUUACGUAAAAUAUCGUUGUUAGUUACAAUAUCUCUUUUUGUACAUUUAUGAGUUGAUGUAUAGAGUAUUACUUUAGCUUAAAAAUAAGCUGAAUUAUGUGGUGUUAGUCUAACUAAUAGGUCCAAACAACUUUGUAUAAGUAGAUUUUUUUAAAAUGCUUCCUUUUUAAUAGUAUAGAUUGUGCCCCGGACAUGUGGCCACGGCCUAAUCUGGGAUGAUAGCUUUUGAACUUGGGAUAUUUUGCGCAAUAUUAAACCGCCUUAUUACUUGAUUAAGUUUGUGUGGUUGGAUCCACUUUAACAUCUACACGUGAAAAAAAUGAGUUUUUUUAUCCGACGCCAUGUGGACCUAAUCCUUGAUAUGCUUGCCGACGAUAACAUUAUUCAUUCAAUUUGCCAACCACAACAUUUUUACUUGUACAUGUUAUAUAUAGCAAACCAACUGAACUAAAAUUUAUGUAUCUGAACUCAUAAAUCCUUUUGUAUGUAAAAAUUGAGGAAAGGUUUAGUAGAUUGGAUACUUUCCAUUUUAGGAGGCGUAUAGAAUAUAUAUAUAUAUAUAAAGGGUAGGUUAGUCAUUCAUCUAAACCUACAAUAGAAACCUACAUACAAUAGAGGUGUGAUCUAUCAUUCUUUGGGAUAAGAUAGAUCUUUGUUGCUUGAAUUCAAUUAAUUAGAGAUAUUAUAAUGGACUAAGUUACUCAAUGGUAAGAUAUGCAUCGGAACUAGCAAUGAUUUGGCUAUGAAAUUUGAAUUAUUCAAAACGUACUUGAUAUAUAACAAGACAAAAAUAGUAUUAAAAGAGUUGGUGGUCCGAUGCCUUGGUGGACAAUUAUACUUGACAAGUUUGCCAACGAUUAAAUUCUGCAUUCAAUUUGCCAACCACAAUAUUUUUACUUAUACAUGUUAUAUAUAGCAAACCAACUGAACUAAAUUUUCUGUAUCUAAACUCAUAAAUCCUUUUGUAUGUAAAAAUGGCUAUGAUAGGCUUAUUUGGAGUCUUCGUAGCAUUCAUAUUCUUCCUUGCAUUCCAAUGUUUCUUUCUUUGCAAGAAAUCUCUCAAUGUGCUUUUGCUGAAGAACUGGCCUUUCCUCGGGAUGCUUCCCGGAAUGCUCUUCAAUAUCCCCCGAGUUCUUGACUGGUUUUCUGAGGUGUAUGAGGCCAACGAUAUGACUUUCACUUUCAAAGGGCCUUGGUUUAGUGGAACAGACAUGUUGUUCACGGUUGAUCCGAGGAAUAUCAAUCACAUGCUCAGCUCAAACUUUCCGAAUUACCCUAGAGGACCUGAAUUCAAGAAGAUCUUUGACAUCCUGGGAGAUGGAAUCGUAGCCGCGGAUAAGGAGUUAUGGGAGGAUCUGAGGAAGUCGGGUCACGCCUUAUUCCACCAUCAGAACUUCCUGAAGCUCUCUGUAAGCAGCACUACAAGUAAGUUAAAGGAUGAUCUUGUUCCAUUUCUUGAUAAAGCUGCUGAGGAAAACAUUGUCAUAGACUUACAAGAUGUGUUCCAGAGAUUCAUGUUUGAUACUGCCUCCAUUUUGAUGACUGGUUAUGAUCAAAUGUCUCUAUCCUCUGAAAUUCCCGGAUAUGAGUUUGGUGAAGCUGCGGACUUCGCUGAAGAAGCUAUCUUCUAUAGACAUUUCAAACCGGUGAUCUUGUGGAGGCUUCAAAACUUGAUUGGUGUUGGAAUUGAGAGGAAGAUGAGAACUGCUUCGGAGUUUUUCAACAGUAUGUUUGCAAAGAUCAUAUCAACAAGAAGAAAAGAAGAGAAAAGUGGCGGGAAAAAAGAGCAAACUAUCAACGCAGUAACAUACUAUUUGAAUGCAGAUACAGCCAAAUAUAAGCUGUUGAAACCUAGUAACGAUAAGUUUAUAAGAGACGUUUUUUUUAGUCUAUUGGUAGCAGGAAGGGACACCUCAAGCUCAGCUCUCACUUGGUUCUUCUGGCUUCUUUCUAAGCAUCCUCAAGUUAUGACCAAGAUCCGACAAGAGAUCAACGCAAAGUUUGAUCCGACAGAUCUAGAGAAGCUUGUGUAUCUACACGCUGCGUUGUCGGAAUCAAUGAGACUCUACCCACCACUUCCCUUCAACCACAAGUCUCCUUUAAAGUUAGAUGUGCUUCCAAGCGGACACAAAGUUAAAGCAGAAUCAAAGAUUGUGAUCUGUAUCUACGCAUUGGGAAGAAUGAGAUCUGUAUGGGGAGAAGACGCAUCAGAAUUUAAACCGGAGAGAUGGAUUUCAGAGAAUGGAGGGCUCAAACAUGAACCUUCAUCAAAUUAGUUCUUGGUCUUUAGUGCAGGUCCAAGAACUUGCUUGGGUAAACAGUUAGCUCUCUUGCAGAUGAAGAUGGUAGCUGUGGAGAUCAUACAAAACUAUGAUUUCAAGGUCGUUGACAGUCAGAAAAUCGAACCAGUCCCUUCCGUCAUUCUCCGAAUCAAACAUGGUCUUAAGGUUACAGUCAAUAAGAAAAUAUGAUUCUAAUCUUUGCCUGGUAACUAUUAGUAACUUCCCUUGUCGAUAAUAAAUGCGUUACUACUUGUAUUAUUUUCCAAUUAAUCGAUGCAGCGUGUUAAUAUCUAUCAAAAUCUAGUAUGUCACACUCACGAAUAUCACUAGUAGCUUAGCUAUAUAUAGUCACGAACUUUUUUUGAUUAA